AAAGAAUUACCACCUAUGAAACUUUACCUUAUGGAUAUGGACGAAGCUAAUAAACAUGAAUCAAUUCGAAAUGUUGGACAUCCAGCAAUGUCAUGGCCUUUCAGUAAGGUAGUUAGUGGUAAGAGUGGUACGGGUAAAACUAACAUACUUGGAAAUAUUUUCGUUGGUGACAAAG